AUGUCCGGCUUUUUGCAGGCCAGAGCCCCUAGCCCCGUUCUAUCGACCUUGCAGCGGCCAUGCAGCCAGCGGAUGCGGCGGCACGGCUUUGAGCCGUACAACGAGCCUUGCGAGACACCUGUGGAAGCAUUCUGCCCUAACCAGUGCAACGGCAUGCAAGAGAAGGAGCGGCCGUGGCUCAAGCCAUACGUGCACACGCCCGCAGCGCUCGACCCGGACCCAGGCGCAACCCGAAAGCGCCCGCUCAUUUUGGUUUAUGAGCUGCCGCCAUUUUACAACUCAGUCAUGAUGCAGUAUCGUGUAUCUCGCAAGGGCUGCGUGCACCGUUUCUUCGACGAUGGCAACAACACAGUGUUCAACGAUUACCGGCAUUUGUACAACCCCGAGCCUGGCUUGCGCGAGAUGCUGCUUCAGAGCGAGCACCGCACUCUGGACCCCGAAGAAGCCGACUUCUUUUACAUACCUGCGCCACCGACUUCGCACUCCGCAGGCGCCACCGACUUCCCUUACUUCCACGGUGGGCCCGUGGCCUGGCGCACACACGCGGCAGCAAACAUGUUCAUAGAGGUGUUCGACUGGAUCUGUGCCCAUUAUCCCUACUGGGACCCGCGACGGAGGCAGAGACCACAUCGUGGUGGGUGGUGGUCGGACAUAGGCUGGCUGGCUGGUUGGCUGGCUGGCUGGGCCUGUGGAAGGCGCUCCUUCCAUGACGAGGGCUCCUGCUGGGUGCCUGCUGUGCUGCGCCCCGCCAUCAUCCUCUCCCACUGGGGCCACACCGAGUUUCCGCACGCCAGCGGCAUGGGCUACUGGCCAGACAACUACACGCAUGACACGCGGCACCCGGACCUGGUGCUGCCUGUCAUGCACAGCGCGCAAAAAUACCUGGCCAGCCCCAUGCUGGGCGCUCCCACCCGUGAGCGCCGCAUCCUGGCCUUCUUCAAGGGCCGCACCCAGCAGCAUAACCCCAAGUUUUCAAGAGGCAUCCGCCAGAAGCUGGAGAACCUAACGCGUGAGUAUGUGCUCGUAUUGUGGCGAGCAGACUGGUGGGGCAAGCACAAGGUCCACAUCGGGCAGGGGAUGCCGGAGGGAGAGAGCGACUCUUACAGCGCCAUGGUGGCGCAGUCCAUCUUCUGCUUUGAUCUCAUGGGAGAUGGCUUCUCCCCUCGCACGGACGAUGCCAUUAUCCAUGGAAGGACACGGAGCGCGUGCCGGAGAUACUGAAGGCCAUCAGCCAGGAGGACAUAGCACGCAUGCAGGCAAACCUGGCCAAAGUGUGGCGCCGGCAUCUGUGGUCUGGCUUCCGGCCUUACACCAGCCAGGUCAGGCAGCUGCUGGCUGAGCGCAAGGAGGAGCACAAAGCUCCAGAGGAGGCCGGAUUUCCUAGGAAGAGCCCUAAAUCCGAGGUUCCGAGGCCCGCCUCUUCCUAGGAAGGAAACACCUCAGAUUGUCAGAGCUAGGAGAAGGGUCAGAUCCUAGCGGCGCCUCGUGGCGGCGGCGGCCAGCUGGCAUCUUUCUCUGACUCUUCCGAUCUUUCCGAGUUUUCCGAUUUUCUGAGGGCCGCGAGGCCAUCCGAGUUUUCCGAGUUUUCCGAGUUUUCUGUGGGCCGCCUGGCCAUCCGAGUUUUCCGAUCCUUCCGAGUUUUCCGAUGGGAGGCAGGAGGCAGCAAAAAGCGUGUCCUCAACAAUUUUCAGUGCGGUAUCACUAGUGGGAGGUUGAAUUAAGCAGCAUUACACCCAAACAUUGAGGAAAAGCAGCGCGCGCGCCGCGCGGCGGGAGCGGCUCCGCCAGCUCAGCGUUGCCGCCAUUCAGUUUAUACGUCUCCCUGAUGUU